AAAUGGUGAAAACUGCCUGACUUGUGCUACGUUUUAAUCACUCGGGACCUGGCCGGUUCCGACCUACGGAUUUUUUUUUAAUUUAAAAAGACGUAGUUAAAAAGGGAGAACGUUUAUUCUAAACACAAUUUCUAAAUUGAACUUCUGAGGUUUUUUCCCCCCAAGGUGUUUCGCAUGUGAAGAUAUUUCCGGGUGUUGUGUUGGUUUGAACGCGACAUUGUCUGUGUUCUACUGCAGACUGUAACGUCCUGGGUCAUGGUUUGUAACGUCGUUGGGUCAUGGUUUCUUUCAUUAAAAAAAAAAAGAGUUCAAGCAAUAUGAAUAAAUAAUAGAAAACUAGCAGAUAUAACUCGUAUUUUGUAUUGUCAGAGAGGUUUCUCAGCCUUGUCUGAACUACGAGCUUCAGGAAAACUAAUUUUAGUAGCUGCAGUGCUUGUGUUAUUGCUUUAGCUAGCAGAUAGUCAUGAUGGCGUCCAGCUACAACGCGAAGGAGGAAGACGGUCAUGUCGCCGUACCUGUCGGUGGGACCAUCAAAAAUAAAAAACCCGACAACACAGCGUUUAAACAGCAAAGGUUGCCUGCAUGGCAACCCAUCCUGACUGCGGGCACAGUUCUUCCAGCAUUCUUCGUUAUCGGACUUAUCUUCAUCCCUAUUGGUAUCGGCCUAUACGUCACGUCCAACAACAUCAGGGAGUUCGAGAUUGACUACACAGGGACUGACAUUGACGACCCGUGCUUCAACUGCUCUCAGAGCUUUAGUUGGAACAACACCAGACCAUGCACCUGCGCACUUGACUUUUCUUUAGACCAUCCUUUUGAGAGCAACGUCUUCAUGUAUUACGGCCUGUCAAAUUUCUACCAAAAUCACCGGCGCUAUGUCAAAUCAAGGGAUGACAGCCAACUGAAUGGAGACAUCAACUCACUAAAGAACCCUAGCAAGGAGUGUGAGCCUUAUGCUCGCAAUGAAAAAGCCCCCAUUGCUCCUUGUGGCGCCAUCGCAAACAGCAUGUUCAAUGACACUUUGGACUUGUAUUACGUUCACCCUAACGGCACGAGGAUCCAAAUUCCUCUGUCCAAGAAGGAUAUCGCUUGGUGGACGGACAAGCAUGUGAAGUUCAGGAACCCAGGGAACAACCCCAACCUCACAGCUGCUUUCCAAGGCACAAGCAAGCCGAUCAACUGGCGCAGGCCUGUCUACGAACUCGACACGGACGAGGAGAAUAACGGCUUCAUCAAUGAGGACUUCAUUGUGUGGAUGCGCACAGCGGCCCUGCCCACCUUCCGUAAGCUGUAUCGUAUUAUCCAGAAGAAGAACAACAUGACGCCGACUCUUCCUCGAGGCAACUACACACUGGAAGUCAGCUACAACUACCCUGUUCGUAGCUUUGAGGGCCGGAAGCGCGUGAUACUCAGUACCAUCUCCUGGAUGGGGGGAAAGAACCCCUUCCUGGGCAUUGCUUACAUCACCGUGGGCUCUGUGUGCUUCUUCCUUGGAGUGGUCCUCCUCAUCAUCCACCACAAAUAUGGAAGCCGCAACAACAGUGCCGACAUCCCUAACUAAAUGUAUGCUCUGAGUUUGUUGCAUGCUGGCUCACAGAGGCAUGAGGAUAACCAAUGGUUCACUACAAGCGCCGAGGUGUAUUCAUGUCACCAAACUGAAAGCUCUUCUUUGUGAAACAUUUCAUUCAGACGCAAAAACGUGUAGGCGCCAAACUGAAUUUUGCCCAGUAUGAAAUAUGCUCGAUGACAAGGCCCCUUCCUGUUCGGUUUGUCUCUGUUCAAGAAAGGUUUAGCGACUGAAGAUCUUUUUUUUUGGACUAAAUGAAUAUGGCCCUGGUGAUUUUAUGUGUCUGGCUUGUGUACUGUGUGUAAGUGUCCUGCUUAUCAAAAGUACUGUGCAAGUACUGGAAGUGCAGAAAUACCAGGGGACAGCUCCAAUUAUAUUGACAGUCUCUUGUUUUUCAUGGUCAGAUAGCUGUGAAGUUACAGAGCUGGGUUUGCCGUCAAGUCGAAUUGGCAGAUAGAGUUUAAAUUCUAAUGCCAAUAGUACAGUUUAAAUGCUGACAAAAUGAUUGUCAUAGCUGUUCAUCUUUAAAUCAAUAUAAUAUUUAAAAGAAUAUUUAAGAAAGAUCAAAGAGUUAGCAGUAGGUCCAUAUUCUUUUGCAGUUCAGUAAUUUGAGGCACAUAUUUCUGGUCUGUUUACACUGCAGUGAGACUCGUUAGAUUGCACCAGGAUGUGCUCUCAUUUUCAGGUCAAGUGUUAUGGAUUGCUUGCAGUGUUUUCUAUCAUACUUUCUUUCUCAGUAGUAAUGCUGUUCAGCUGCCUAAGCUUGGCUCCAGGAAAGAGUCGGUUUUGUGGUUUUCAGGGACCAAAGAUUCAUAUAGCUACAUUUUGAAACUGGUAAGGUGAUUCACCAGCCUUUGUAAGACACAAUCCAUAUGUUUUUUUUAACCGACCUACAUUUACUAGUGCUAUAAGGUUUCUCAUUUUGCCCAAAGAUGCAUCUUGCAAAUGAGUCGUUCCCAAACGUUUCUUUUUUACAUUGUCACCAACUGGGCUUUGCUUUUCCCGGAAUACUUCUGAAAUGUCCCCCAAAAUUACAUUUUAAUAAUAAGGGAAUGGUGUUAUGUGUUCUCUCAAGUACCCCCAGUGGAUAGGCCAAGUACCCCCAGGGGGUCGUUGAAACCGGGAACGACUGUUCAAAAUGUCUGUGUCCGAUUACAGGUAUUUUUUAUUUGUAUUUGGAAAAGGCUCCGUUAUUAAAAGUUUUCUCCAUUUAAUAUAACUGUUUUAAUAACGUCAGGUAUUUUGUAAAUCAAUAAAAAACUGGACAAGGAUGUUUUGAAUUAAUCCAUUUGGACGAAUAAAGAAUACAAAUAAAACCGCCCGAUGCGGGUUUUCAAAAACAAAAUCUAUGAUUGUGUCUUUCAAACUAGCCAUCCUCAAUGUACUGUAGCCUGGGUGCCAGUCUGUUUUGGCUUUCUUGCCAAUUCCUUUACGUGUUUGUCAUUCAUAACAUGAUUGUCAACACAAUGUAGGUAGGAGUACAAACACACGAGACCAACCUAGUAUUCAUGUCUGUCUAAUCUGGAUAUAAAAAAAUCCAUAUUUGCUUUACUAUGGUUGUUGCACAUUAAACGUACCUAUUAUCUGCUGAUUCUACGUCUGUGGCUUGACAAAUAAAAUACCUUUUUGACAAAACA